AUGUUGUGCCGCUUCACAUUUUCAUUCAUCAUGUGUUUAAAUAAUGCCCAAAUGGUCAUAUUCAACAACAACACCGUCCUCAGAUGGAUGGAAGAGUCAAAAAUUACAUCAGUGGCCUGGUGUCAUGGAAGAAUUUUUCUAGGGAAUAAUUUAGGACAGAUUUUUUCAUUUAAAUCUCCUUCCAUAAGUACUAUAGUAAACACAAAUGAAAAAAACAAGAUUAAAGUUUCAAAAAACCCAAUUGUUAACAUAAGCUCAUUGGAACCCAGGGAAGAAUUAUUAGCACAGGAUUCUGAAGGGGAUUUGUUCAUCGUGAAUAUAUUUCUGAAAACUAAGCCGAUAAUUUUGUGCAAAAAAGUCUCAUGUUUUACAAGACAGGCAAUAGAAGGAUGUGAAGAAGUAAGAAGCUCAGACAAAAUCUUACCGAUAACAUAUAUGGCGAAUAUAUGUGUAGGAUUAAAACAGAAAAUACAAAUAUACUCAGCAAUUGGAGAAAAUGUAUUGCAUCAGAGAGACAUUUCUAUAUCGGAUAUACCACUGACAAUCUGCUGGUUAAAUGAUACAAUAGUUAUUGGAUCAUCCACAUCCUACUCGAUGACUAAUGCGGAAGGAACGGUUUACACAGAACUUUGUAGGAACGACCUUUCAACUGAUAGAAGAAUGCAAAAACCAAGUCCAGCAAAGAACAUAAUAACGUGUACAUGUAUAGAUAACGAUGUAAUGAUAGUGUGCGAUAACAUAGGAGUGUUCUAUAACGUAGAAACGAUGAACCUGUCAAACAAGAACACAAUUCAGUGGAGUGGAACCCUGGAAUCUCUGGGCUCAUGCCCUCCCUUCAUAGUUGGCCUAACCUCGAAAAAGAAGCUGGAAAUACAUGGAAUUAGAGACCAAUUGUUAUACAAGACACUGGACCUCAGAACCUCAGCAAUAACCUACUUCAUGCCAGACAAGUGCAAUUUUUUGUGCGCAACAUCAACGAUUGUUACAGCAGUUCAACCCUCAAGUUAUUACGAAAACAUCUCAAAUUUCCUGGAAAACGAUAAAAUCAAAGAAGCACUCCAACUUGUAAACCUCUACUUCUCACAAAAUGAUCAGAGAAAAAAAUCGGAAAUAGCAAUAUGCCAUACAAUAGCAGGCUGGAUAUAUUUCUCAAAACUAAACUUCCCAGUAGCAUUUCUACAUUUUUCAUACGGGAAUGCCGAUAUAGUAUAUUUGUUGUCAUUUUGGAGCCAGUACUACCCACUAGAAGUUCCAGAAACUUACCAGUUCAAUAAGGAAAUACCACAAUUCCUCCAUCAUCUAAUACCGAAAACAUUAGUAAUUAACAAAUUUGUCGAAAACAGAAUAAAUGAUCCAGAGUUCAACAAGUAUAACCAGAUCGAGAAUACAAAGAAGGAAUUGAUGGAACUGGCCAAUAGUUCGUUUGCACUUUUUUUAUUCCGGAAUUCGGAAUUAAAAGAAGGUGAGAAGGAAGGAGAAAUGGCUGAAUUUUACAAGAAGGUUCAAACAGCAGUAGAAACAGUAACAUUUCUACUCUUUUCAGAGUCUGACGAUUUGAGAUAUAACCAUAUACUGAGAAAAGAUAAAAACAGUUCGUUUGUGGAUGUAGAUGCAACUAAAAAUCAUUUGAUUGACAUGGAUAAAAGUGAUUUAUAUGCUAAAUUGCUUAUAAGAGAUGGGCGUCUUAUAGAAGCUAUGGGAGUACUUUCUGAUCUUGUAACAUCAAGAAAUGUACACUCACACCAUAACUUGGAAGGAGGUUCUGACACACCAUGCAUAGAGCUAGCUUCAUGCAUUAACUUGGUUCUAGAUUCAGUAGGAAAGAAUAAAAAUUCAGAACUCUCACCUAAUUUUACACCAGAAGAAACAAAGGAGAUUCUUUACACAUACCUCCCGCUUCUUUUUGAAAGCUCACCGUCAUCAGCCUUGAAUGUACUCACAAAGAACCACACCACAUUGCCUCUGAAUUCUGAUGAAAUUCUAUCAAUGAUAAAUGAACACUGUAAAAAGAGCUCACACGGACACACGGAUAUGCCUCAAUUGCAAAUAAAAUAUCUAGAGGACCUGGUAUUGAAAAAUAAAUCGGGAGGAGUUCAUGAAAACACUCUUCUGGUCAAGUAUUAUAUACAAUCUCUUUCCUCAACACAGGGGAAUUUUAAUGUUGACAAUAAGCAAGGGUUCGAGAGCCAGAAUGAUAGAAAGCAGGCGUUGUUUCAGCUUUUAGAGGGAAACUAUACUUUCGAUUUACCUAAAAUAGAAAACUUGAUCUGUAGUCUGGACAUGCCAGAGGCAAGAGUAAUACUGUAUUCGAAACUUGGAAAACAUUAUCAAGCCCUUGAAACCAUAUAUACCAAGUGGGUUACAAACCAAGUUAAAUUAUGUGAGGCAUACUGCCUCUGUUUUGGAGAUAUAACUAAAUUUGAUCAGCUGAACAAAGAUAACCCAUACAAGAGACUUUUUACAUACUACGAUUAUUGGACUGAGAAGGCGGAGGAGUGGCCGCUGGCAGACACAAACCUAUACAUCAUUAACCAGGAAUCUGAGACUUCCAUAGACAAUUUGAUCAUGGAUCUCUUAAAAAUUAUAGUUUCUCACACUGGUACCGAAAACAAAACAACGAUAACGAAACAUUUGAUAUCUAAAUACAUACACUUCUGCGGUUAUAAUUCUUCACUUAACGGAACAAGCUUGCUGGAGGUUAUACCAGGAGAUUGGAAUUUCAAUGAAUUUGCAAAUCUAUUUAACCAUUUGCAACUGAGAAUGUUACAUAGUCAGAGAACUAAGUCAGUAAAAAAAGGACUAGCAAGAUCUUUACACUCAAAAACUUCAUUGUCUCUCUACAAGCUGACAUCAUUGCAGCCAGUGAGGAUAGAUACGAAUACACUAUGUAUGGUAUGUUCAGAGCCAAUUAAAAUAGGAACUAGCAUCGCAAUAAAGAUACCCCCCCAAAAGGAUACCUCAGAAUCUAAUAAUUCAAUCAGACAACCCUUAGUUGUACACGAAUAUUGUAUAAGGAAGGGCCUUAUGAGCUGA